AUGGCUGAAGCUAAAGAAGUGUCAAAAACUAGUCAAGAGUUGUCUGUUGUUUGCCAGUCUGACAUUGUAUUUUCCCAUCCUGGAGAUGAUGUUGUUCUGUCGUGUCAUCUUAAGCCGGCUAUCAGUGCUGCUUCAAUGGAAAUUCAGUGGUGGCAUAAGGAGGAUCCAGUUUUCCAUUAUAAGAAUGGACAGGUGACAAUGAACAUAGACUAUGAGGGUCGAGUGAGUCUCCCAUUGCAAGAUCUACAAAAUGGAAAUGUGUCUUUGACUCUCCGAGACGUCAGGAGUUCACAGAAGGGCCUCUAUAUUUGUGAGGUCACCCAUGAAAGUCAAUCAAUACAAGAUACUGUUUUUCUCCAUAUCAGCUCUGUAGACUUUAGUCUUGUGGUUUCUUCUGGCCCUGUGUGUGCUGCCCCUGGGGAAGACGUCAUUUUACCCAUUCAUCUCUUACCUGAAACCAGUGCUGUGUCCAUGGAAAUCAGAUGGUUCAGAGGGACAGAGCUCAUUUAUCAGUAUAUGAACAGACAGGAGAUGACAAAUAAUGACUUUGAGAACCGAGUGAGUCUGUCCAUCCAGGAGCUGAGGAGAGGAAAUCUUGCUCUGAUUUUGAGAAAUGUUCAGCCAUCAGAUUCAGGAGACUAUACAUGCGAAGUCUUUCACGAUGGAUGUCAAAAGAGAGGAGUAGUUCACUUGCAAGUGAGAGAGAUUGAGAGAGUGAAACAUCUCUGCAGUGUCAUAAAGCAAACACAUGAAGACAUUAUGCAACAAAGAGUAAAACUAAAUGAAACCAUAAAGUUGCUUGAAGAAACACUCAAACAUGUUGAUCAGCCAUCUAGCCGUAUAAAUAGUAUGGAAGGGAUUACCCCGCUCAUACAAGAUCAUAGCAAAUUGGAACGAUUCGACAUGGAAGACAGGAGAGCAGGUUCUACAUGUACCAGUAAAAGUAUGGAAGGAAUUCCCCCUCUCAUGGAAGGAGAGCGUGGCAGUCAAAGAACAAUACAAACUAGAGAAGAGGGUACUGCCACUGAGCAAGAGUUAUCAUCACUAGAUACGUCAUCACAGGUUUUGCAAAGACUAAGAAGAUCAGAAUUUGUAAGUUUAACACAAAGAGCUACACAGUCCCAACAGAGCCUUGAAGCAACCAUGCAAAGCACUCAAGAAAAGAGACAUGAGACUGUUGCUGCAGAGCAAGAGAGAUCCUCAUCAGCUGUACAACCACAGGUACAAGAGAGACCAGGAACAUCACAAUCAGAUACAGCACGAACACUAGAGAGGCCAGAAGGCAGGAGGCAAAGGAGACAAGAAAAAAGAGAGAGAAAAUGCCACAUUUUGUAAUUAAAUAUACUAAUUACUACAGGUUUAUUGUGAUUAAACAUUUGUAUAGAAUAGAUCUUGACUAAAUGGCCAUAUUUGGUCACAGUCACAGUUUUUCCUACAUUUUAGAUGUGUUAUGGAGUGAUCUGGAAUCAUUCUCAUAUUUGUGAAAUCCAAAAUAAAGUUGCUGUAAAUGAUUUUAGCCAUGUUGCUAACUUAAAUCAUGUGCCUUUACAGAAAAUAGUGUGUUUCCGAUUAAUUAUGUUUUCUGAUUUGGGGUUUGAUAACAUUUUAGGAUUUAAAAAGAUUUUGUUUUGCUCAGACUAUACAC